CGAUAACAUCCAACACGUCACGGUCGCCGCCCUCACAGAACCCACAUCAAAAUGGCGCCCCUCACAGCUGCUUCGGAUGAGAAGACGCAUCAAGCGCUGCUCGACAAGCUCGACAUCUACGCCGUACACAAGCCAUUCCGCAACCCCAACUGGAAGCCACCGCAGCGCCGCAACAAGAACCUCAAGCAAGUCAUCGGCGAAGCAUCGCGCAAAGAAGCCUCGAUGAUGAACACACAAGCCAACAGCGGCGCUUCGACACCAGCUUUCGCGUCUGAAGGCGGGUCAACACCCGCUGGCGUAGGUCGACCGCCAAACAUCGCGCAGGCAGCGCAAAGCCUCAGCACCCUGGUCCUCGAGAAGAAUGGUCGCGCAGCUGCAGCGAAUGCAACGGGGCCUGCGCCAACGUACACGAACAUCGAGUCUGCACCGAGCUUCCAUCCAAACGCCCAGAAGAAAUACUGCGACAUCACCGGGCUGCCUGCGCCGUACACAGAUCCCAAGACGCGGUUGAGAUAUCACAACAAGGAAAUGUUUGGAACGAUCAGGACGAUGCCGCAGAACGUAUACGAGGGGUAUCUGGCUGCAAGGGGCGCGCAUACCGUGCUGAAAUGAGCUGUCAUACUGCAUAGCGCAUGUACACACACCACCACCAGCGUCGCGCCCAAGCUCCCACAGCUCGGAACCAAACAUCAGUCUCAGCAGCAGAGAAUUAGACCGCAAGUUGAUGAUCGCAAACGGCUACAGACAUCGAAUGGUUGAGAUCAAAAACGACGCGGGAGCAACAACAUGAUAUGUAUGACCAUCAAAGUCAAGCACCUUCCACCCACACAAGCUCCUUUCGAAGCAAGGUUCAAGAAGGCGCUCCGGCUUAAUCGUGAUCCUGUAUUGUUCUUCGCCCAUCAGACGGGAUACCAGGAGCUCGGGGGGAGGCUUCCUAGUUACAGCAGCUCAAGAUAGCAUGCUGUUGUCAGGGCGGUUCUACGUCGUUGCUACAACCACAGGACAUUGUAUCAUAGCA